GAGGAGAGCUGCCCAAGACUCUGACUGAGAUGUACGCAGAGUUCCUGGUGUUUCAGAUUGAUCGGACAAAAGAAAAGUAUGGCCCAGAGAAGAGCAUUCAAUACAUUAAGUCAUUAGCAAAACUGGCCUUUGAGCAGCUGGAAAAGGGCAACCUGAUCUUCUAUGAGAAGGAUCUGAGAGAGAGCGGUAUUGAUUUCAGUGAAGCCUCGGUGUGCUCAGGAGUGUUCACAGAGAUCUUCAAAGAAGAUCGAGGAAGGAAAGGGAAAGACAAGAUGUUCAGCUUCGUCCAUCUGAGCGUUCAGGAGUUUCUGGCUGCUCUUUAUGUGAGGAUGUCGCUUAACAACAGUAACAUAAAUAAAAUCCACAGGAAUUUCAUUAACAGGGCCUUGCAGAGUCCAAAUGGUCACCUGGACUUGUUCCUUCGCUUCCUUCUGGGUCUUUCACUGCAGACCAAUCAGGACAAACUACAGGACGUGCUGAGAAAAACAGACUGUGGUUCAGAGACCACUCAGGACACAGUUCAAUAUAUCAAGAAGAAAAUCAGUGAGAAUCUGUCUCCAGAGAGAAACAUCAAUUUGUUUCACUGUCUGAAUGAACUAAAUGAUCGUUCGUUAGUGGAGGAGAUCCAACAGUACCUGAGUUCAGGAUGCCUCUGCACCCAUGAACUGACUCCAGCUCAGUGGUCAGCUCUGGUCUUCAUCUUAGUGUCAUCAGAAGAACAUCUUAAUGUUUUUGACCUGAAGAAAUACUCUGCUUCCGAGGACGCUCUUCUAAGACUAUUGCCUGCGGUCAAAGCUUCCAACACAAUAAUACUGAGUGGCUGUAAUCUGACAGAGGGAAGCUGUAAAACACUGUCAUCAGUCCUCAGCUCCAAGCCCUCCACUUUGAGAGUGAUGGACAUGAGUAACAAUGACCUGCAGGAUUCAGGCCUGACUUUGCUGGCCAAAGGACUGGAAAAUCCACACUGCAAACUGGAGAUUCUCAGAUUGUCAGGCUGUCUAAUCACAGAGGAAGGCUGCACUUCCUUGUCCUCUACUCUGAGGUCCCACCCCUCACACUUGAGAGAGCUAGACCUGAGCUACAAUCAUCCAGGAGACUCAGGAAUGAAGCUUUUGUCUACUGUACUGGAGGAGCCAAGCUGCAGACUGGACACUCUCAGGCUGGAACAUUGUGGAAAGCAGAGACUGAAACCCAGACUGAAGAAGUAUUCCUGUGAGCUCACACUGGACACAAACACGGUGAACAGGAAUGUCGUGGUGUAUUACAACACGGUGAUGAAAGGGCUGAGGCGGAAGCAACCAUACCCUGAUCAUCCAGAGAGGUUUGACUGCUGUCAGCUGCUGUGCACAAACGGUCUGACUGGUCGCUGUUACUGGGAGGUCGAGUGGAGAGGAGGAGCUUAUGUAGCAGUGAGUUACAAAGGAAUCCGAAGGAGAGGAAAGGGUGCCGAAUGCUGGUUUGGAUGGAAUAACCAGUCGUGGAGUAUCUUCUGCUCUCCUGUUGAUGGUUACUCCGUCUGGCACGACAGGAGAAGAACUGUGCUCUCCUCAGUCCCCUUCUCCUUCAUCUUUAACAGAGUAGCAGUAUACUUGGACUGGCCUGCAGGCACGCUGUCCUUCUACAAAGCAACCUCUGACUCACUCCUCCACCUCCACACCUUCACCACCACAUUCACCGAGCCGCUGUAUCCUGGAUUUGGGUUCUGGCUUGCCGGUUCCACAGUGUCUCUGUGUUAACUGUGGAAUAAAAUCUCCUCGUUUCCCCAAACCGGAGAUGUUUGUGGCUGCUGUAUAGACAGACUUCCACGAGCAGUUUG